ACACGACACCGAUUCUCUGGCGAACCGAACUUCCUCGGCGAUGGAGUACAUGGCCGAGUGUUACCCGAAGAUGAAGGACCUGGAGCUCCGCAAGCAGCUGGGAGCCGGUGGUGUGGCUGGAGAUCUGGUUUUCCAGUCUUUGUCGACGCUCUCCGGUGGCCAGCGCAUGCGCGUGCUCUUCGCGAAGAUUUGCAUGGAGCACCCGCAGUUGCUGGUACUGGAUGAGCCGACGAACCAUCUG